AUGGGCAGGACGGGCGCGCGUGCGAGCCGCCUGCGCGUGCGAGCCGCCUGCGCGUGCGAGCCGCCUGCGCGUGCGAGCCGCCUGCGCGAACGCAGGUUGAGAUCUACACGCGCCGAUUACCCGAAAAGGAGCUCUGAAGCCGUGGCGCAUCACGAAGACAGAGGAGUCAUUAUGCUCGCUGACCGAUGCACCGGUAGCGAUGGAGUGGCGCCGCGAGGGGAGACCCGUAGCGAACGACGCGCGAGGGGUGAAACCGGAAGACGACCAGCGUCAGCGUCAGCGGCGGAGACUUUGUUGACUCGCAGAUCUUGCACAACCACGCGCAUCUGUCACUCCCGACCCGAAAAUUGCCGCCUCUCACCUACCGCCGAAACCACCUAUCCUCACCCGACCCGACUUGAACGCGCACAACUGCAACGCUGCAACGCUGGCGAAUCGCUACGACACUUAAAAGCGCGAACGGCGAGAAAGCUACAGCCCCGCACCGUAGACGACCCUCUGAUAUACUGUUCCUCCAUUCAUUUCCACCUUUCAUUUCCCUUGUUCCUCCAAACUCACCAAGUAGACGACCCUCUGAUAUCCACUGUUCCUCCAUUCAUUUGCUCAAACUCACCAAGUGGACAACCGUCUCUGAUAUCACUGUUCCUCCAUUCAUUUGCUCCAAACUCACCAAGUAGACGACCGUCUGAUAUCUGCUGUUCCUCCAUUCUCAAACUCACCAAUAGACGACCCUCUGAUAUCCACUUGGACAACCGUCUGAUAUCUGCUGUUCCACCAUUCAUUUGCUCAAACUCACCAAGUAGACGACCCUCUGAUAUCCCUUGUUCCUCCAUUCAUUUGCUCAAACUCACCAAAGACCGACUCACCCCUCUGAUUCGACCUUCUGCUGUUCCUCCAUUCAUCAAACUCUGUAGACGAACCUCUGAUAUCCAUUCAUUUGCUCAAACUCACCAAGUGGACAACCGUCUGAUAUCCUGUCCAUUCAUUUGCUCAAACUCACCAAGUAGACGACCCUCUGAUAUCCACUGUUCCUCCAUUCAUUUGCUCAAACUCACCAAACGACCUUCUGAUAUCCCUUGUUUCCUCCAUUCAUUUGCUCAAACUCACCAAGUAGACGACCCUCUGAUAUCCACUGUUCCUCCAUUCAUUUGCUCAAACUCACCAAGUAGACGACCCUCUGAUAUCCCUUGUUCCUCCAUUCAUUUUGCUCCAAACUCACCAAGUAGACGACCCUCUGAUAUCCCUGUUCCUCCAUUCAUUUGCUCAAACUCACCAAAUAGACGACCUCUGAUAUCCACUGUUCCUCCAUUCAUUUGCUCAAACUCACCAAAACGACCCUCUGAUAUCCACUGUUCCUCCAUUCAUUUGCUCAAACUCACCAACGACGACCCUCUGAUAUCCACUGUUCCUCCAUUCAUUUGCUCAAAAUCCACUCCAAGUCACCAAGACGACCCUCUGAUAUCCCUGUUCCUCCAUUCAUUUGCUCAAACUCACCAAGUAGACGACCCUCUGAUAUCCACUGUUCCUCCAUUCAUUUGCUCAAACUCACCAAAUAGACGACCCUCUGAUAUCCACUUAGACGACCCUCUGAUAUCCACUGUUCCUCCAUUCAUUUGCUCAAACUCACCAAGUAGACGACCUCUGAAUCCACUGUUCCUCCAUUCAUUUGCUCAAACUCACCAAAUAGACGACCCUCUGAUAUCCACUGUUCCUCCAUUCAUUUGCUCAAACUCACCAAAUAGACGACCCUCUGAUAUCCCUGUUCCUCCAUUCAUUUGCUCAAACUCACCAAAUAGACGACAGCCUCUGAUAUCCACUGUUCCUCCAUUUGCUCAAAACUCACCAAAUAGACGACCCUCUGAUAUCCACUACGACCUUCUGAUAUCCACUGUUCCUCCAUUCAUUUGCUCAAACUCACCAAGUAGCACGACUCCUCAUUUGAUAUCCACUGUUCCUCCAUCCUCAUUUGCUCAAACUCACCAAGUAGACGACCCUCUGAUAUCCACUGUUCCUCCAUUCAUUUGCUCAAACUCACCAAAUAGACGACCCUCUGAUAUCCACUGUUCCUCCAUUCAUUUUCAAACUCACCAAGUAGACGACCUUCUGAUAUCCACUGUUCCUCCAUUCAUUUGCUCAAACUCACCAAAUAGACGACCCUCUGAUAUCCACUGUUUCCUCCAUUCAUUUGCUCAAACUCACCAAGUAGACGACCUUCUGAUAUCCACUGUUCCUCCAUUCAUUUGCUCAAACUCACACCAAGUAGACGACCCUCUGAUAUCCACUGUUCCUCCAUUCAUUUGCUCAAACUCACCAAAUAGACGACCCUCUGAUAUCCACUGUUCCUCCAUUCAUUUGCUCAAACUCACCAAAUAG